GGGCACAGUUGCUGUGUGUGUGAGUGAGUGCGACCUGGAGCCCAGGCAGCACGUGCAUACUGAUAGCAGCAGCCAUGAAGUCUCCGAACAUCCUGCUCACAGGCACUCCUGGUGUUGGGAAGACCACUCUGGGUAAAGAACUUGCUCUACGAAGCGGGCUGAGCUAUGUGAACAUAGGAGACUUGGCAAAAGAAGGAAAUUUGUAUGAAGGUUAUGACGAAGAAUACGAUUGCCCUAUUCUGGAUGAAGACAGAGUAAUUGAUGAGUUGGAGGACCAGAUGUCCGAAGGUGGAGUUAUUCUGGACUAUCAUGGUUGUGACUUUUUCCCAGAGCGUUGGUUCCAAAUAGUAUUUGUUCUGAGAACUGAUAAUUCCUUGUUGUACGAGCGUCUGGAGAGCAGAGGAUACAAAGAGAAGAAACUACAAGACAACGUCCAGUGUGAGAUUUUCCAGACCAUAUACGAAGAGGCAGUGGAGUCGUAUCGGGCUGAAAUAGUACACCAGCUGCCCAGCAAUUCCCCAGAGGACCUGGAACAAAAUCUGGAUCAGAUCACACAGUGGAUCGUACAGUGGAUCAAGGAUAACAACUGAGAAUUGGAUUUAUUGAAUUUUAUUAACAGAAGUAAAACUCCACCAGGCCCCCAUCCCUUAAAAAAACAAACAAACAAACAAACAAACCAACAACUAAUUAUUUUGAACAGUGUGUAUUUAAUUAGGAAGAGUCUGAGGAAUAGCCGUAUAUAGCAAUAAUUUAUAUACGCAUUUAUUAACUCUUGGAAGACUGUGUGUAAAUACUGUAAAUUAACGAAUUAGAAUUGAUACUAACCCCAAGGCUGGACAUGGCAUUCUUUAACCAACUCACAGUGAUGGUUUAGGCAAAUCCCAUGAAAGACUGGCAGUCUUGGCACAUCAUCUGUCAUGAAAUGGUUAAUAUAAUGUGUAUAGGACCCAUUACAGAUGUCCCAUGGACUGUUUACUGUGAUUACAAAUGUAUGUAUAGUAAUCAUAUAUGUCAGGGGUUCUCAAACUCCGGCCCCCCAGAUGUUGCUGAACUACAACUCCCAUGAUUCUUUGAAUUACAUAGCCAGAGAAUCAUGGGAGUUGUAGUUCAGCAACAUCUGGGGGGCGGAGUUUGAGGACCCCUGAUAUAUGUUAAUAUUGCUAGGGUUACCCACUAAACUAAUUAUUGCCAGACAAGCACACAUUUAAGGUAUAAUUGCUUAUCUGGAUAAGUGUCUGUCUUUAGGUGUUUUUCUUUUUUUUUUUUUUUUAUUUAGGCUAUUUUUUGCCUAAAAUUCCUCGGUCAGUCUCCAGCUGAUUGAAUAAACACGUGUCUUUAUUUCUCCUUGCCCGAUAAUCCAAUGCAUUUGUGUUCAAUUAUCUUUUUGUAUUUUUGCACCAGAUCAUAGUUUUUGGGUUUUUGGUUUGGGUAAUGAGGUCUUAUUUUAUAGCAAGUGGCCUGAUGUCACGGAAUUAUUUUUCCUUUGAAAUGAAAUAGUUCUAUUUCAGCAAAUAGUGUUCGCUGCAUAAAAAUACACGUUUAUUCUUGUAA